GCUGUGACUGUGUCAGGCAGUCCGGUGCAGCAUCGCAGGAGCACCGUUAGUACAGACAGCACUCUGAGCGCAGGAGGCUGAAGCAGUGGAAACACACACACGCACACACACACACGCACAACAAGAGCAGCAAAAACAACAUCUAAAAACAUGUCUGUGGCCAACGACUUCGGGAACCCUUUAAGGAAAUUCAAGCUGGUCUUUCUUGGAGAGCAGAGCGUUGGAAAGACAUCUCUGAUCACACGGUUCAUGUAUGACAGCUUCGACAACACAUAUCAGGCGACGAUUGGAAUAGACUUCCUGUCAAAAACCAUGUACCUGGAGGACAGAACGGUGCGGUUGCAGUUGUGGGACACAGCAGGACAGGAGCGCUUCAGGAGCCUCAUUCCCAGCUACAUACGAGACUCCACUGUGGCUGUGGUGGUGUACGAUAUCACAAAUGUGAAUUCAUUCCAGCAAACCUCCAAAUGGAUCGAUGAUGUCAGAACGGAGCGAGGAAGUGAUGUCAUCAUCAUGCUUGUGGGCAAUAAAACAGACCUGGCUGAUAAGAGGCAGAUCACGAUCGAGGAGGGCGAGCAGCGGGCGAAGGAGCUCAGCGUGAUGUUUAUCGAAACCAGUGCUAAGACAGGCUACAACGUCAAGCAGCUGUUCCGACGUGUGGCCGCUGCCCUUCCUGGGAUGGAGAGCAUGCAAGAAACGAGCAAAGAGGGUAUGAUUGACAUCAAGCUGGACAAACCGCAAGAGCCGACUACCACUGAAGGCGGAUGCUCCUGUUAAUAGCCCACUGCUAAUCAGGCCACUUCAUUUACACCACAUGCUUGUUGUGUUGCUUUCUGUUGGUUAAGUUCCAGUUGAGUUUUUCGAGUUUUCGAGAUUGGAUAUUUGGCACUCAUGUUAGACCACGAGGUCACUGGUUGAAAACAGUGUUAAGUCAAUUUCAGUUGUGAAAUAGUAUACUUUAUUAACAAAAUUGCCAAAAAGUCUUAAAAAUUUGAAAGGGACAGAAAAAAAACAACAAAAAAGUCCAAUCAUGGAUUAUUUUUUUGCUUUUGCUUUUUAUUUUUGUACACUCAAGGAAAAUCUCUAAAAAAAAAGAAAGAAAGAAAGAAAGAAAGAAUAGGUUUAAAACUGCUACUUGUAUGAGGUAGAUUCAUCAGACAGCCAGUAUAGUCUGAAGAGAACCCGAACAAUAAUUACUGGAUGAAAAUACAAAGCAAGUGUGCAUGCAAGACCUUUUUUCUUUGCUGGUUUAGAAUUUUAUAAUUCCACUCCACACUGUCAGCUGGCAUAUGUGUACACGACUUUGAAUAUGUCCAUGUAAACGCUUACUCACACAUGUGACUUUAUGCACUGUAUCAAAACUUCACAUUGUUCUAAGGUUUGUGAGUGUUUUAAUGUACUUCAGAGAGAGCCAGUGUAGAAGACUGAGGCUCAACCACAUCAGUUUAGACUCUUUGAAUCCCAUCCUGGAGAAAUGUACUGUUUUAUUUUUCAUUACCAUACAGAUUCUCUUCACAAGCUUCUCUCAUACUUCUCAUAUUUUAGUCAUUGAAACGAGAGGAUGAUUUAUAGAAACAAAAUAUUGUCUGUUCAGUAAGACACAUUUGAUGUAUGAUAUCUCUCCAGUUUAUAACAUAGACUGAAGAGAUGAUUUCACAAAACUCUGAUCACUUUGACAUUCCUAUUAAAAAACAAGCAGGAACAUUUAAGCUUUUUCAUAUUGAUAUAGUAUAGUCAUGCUUCAUUGUAAAUAAUGCUUUAAGAUUGAUGAAUAUGUAGUAUUCCUCCGAACACAACAUUAGAUGACUACUGAGAGUUAGGGUUAUGCAGAGAUCUACUGUAGGUGCUUUAUAAAUUCGCAUCGCUCGAGGACGUUGAGGUCCGCUCCUGCGUCGUGAGGUCAGACAGCGCGGUAGUGUAGACUACUUUUAUUUCAAUCCUUAAUGCACUUUUGAAAGAAAGAUGUAAAUGUUUCAAGGUUGACGUAGAGAAUAUCUCACCAGUUAUUAUUAUCCAGAUGACUCCUCUUUAAAACUGCUACAUCUAUUCACAAUUAGGACUAAAUGACUCACUUUUAUCUUUUUUUUUAUGAGACAAAUACUAAUAUGACCCAAGAGUUGUGGGAAAUACUUUAUCUUUGUAAAGCAGAGCAGACAAGACAAGAUUUGAAAAUGUUAUUCCAUGCAACAAGUUGUAUAUGAAUAAGGGUUUCCAGUGAAAUCUGCAGGAGAGGGUUGUAGAUUCUGUUCUUAUCUACCUGCGGCAACAAGAUCAUAUCCACUUCUUGCUAAUUCUAGUUGAGAUAUGUGCUUUCUGUAUGCUUUCACUCACCUGCCUGACUGUCUUAUAGGACUCCUGCUACAAGGAAAAAGUAAAACAAGCAUCAAUUGUGCACUGAUUCAUUAAUGACACAUAAAUCUCAGUUUUGCCCUCUGCGUUAUUUUCCUGAUGCCUUCACUGAUUGACUGAAAGGCACGGACACUGACAGCCCGGUGGUACACAUACGGUAGAGAGUGAAACUGAGGGUAUUUAUUGGUUGAUUGUUUAACCGUUUACUUUGGCACCUUGUGACAUUUGUUUACAUUUUGUUUACUCUCUGUAUCACCUAUCACCUCAUUUGUUCUUUCACCAUUGUGUAGAUAGAGUCGACUAUAUCAUUAGGCAUGAACAGGAUGUAUAUAUAGUCUAGCCCUUAUAAGGUGUGUACCAAAACAACAGUGAAUCUGUGAUUUGUUCAUUCUUCUGUUGGCACAGUAAUACACACCAUUCUUGGCCAAAAAAAAAAAAAAAAAAAAACGCCUGUGUGUAUGUUGGGUCCUGCUUCGGAGAGUGAGGCCAUUCCUAGUGUAAAUGUUUCAACUUGAGUCUGAUUGAUUCAGAGCUCACUCUCCAUUCACACUGUACAGAGAUCUAGCAUGUCUGUCUGAACCAAUAAAAAUCAAUAAAAAACAAUAAAAAAUAAGUCUUAUUACCUA